GGCAUGACGUCAGCAGGUCCUUCUGGUGAGGGUGUGUUUACCAUACAACAAAAUUUCUGAAAAGGUUAUAUUUUGCUUAGAUCUUCAUCAUGUUUCAUGGGAUACCAGCCACAGGUGGUGUAGGAGCUCCAGCAAAUAAACCUGAGCUUUACGAGGAAGUAAAGCUAUACAAAAAUGCAAGAGAACGUGAAAAGUAUGAUAACAUGGCAGAGUUGUUUGCUGUGGUAAAAACCCUUCAGGCCCUUGAGAAGGCUUACAUCAAAGACUGUGUAACACCUAAUGAAUACACAGCCUCCUGUUCUAGGCUUUUGGUUCAGUAUAAAGCUGCUUUUAAACAAGUGCAAGGAUCUGAUGUUGGAUCCAUUGAUGACUUUUGCAGGAAGUACAGACUUGAUUGUCCACUGGCCAUGGAAAGGAUUAAAGAAGAUCGCCCAAUCACAAUCAAAGAUGACAAGGGCAACCUGAAUCGCUGCAUUGCAGAUAUAGUGUCUUUGUUUAUCACCGUUAUGGACAAAUUAAGACUGGAGAUCAGAGCCAUGGAUGAGAUUCAACCCGACCUACGAGAGCUGAUGGAAACCAUGAACAGAAUGAGCAACAUGCCACCAGACUCUGAGGCAAAGGACAAAGUGAAUCUGUGGUUGACCACCCUUAGCAGCAUGUCGGCCUCAGAUGAACUGGAUGAUAAUCAAGUACGCCAGAUGCUCUUUGACCUGGAGUCUGCCUACAAUGCCUUCAACCGCUUCCUGCACUCCUCCUAAAAUCUUUGCUUGAAACUGUGUGUGUCAUGUGGUUUGGUUCUUGUGGAGUAUUUGCAGAUGUUGAAACAUUCUCCAAAGACCAAAGUGGAUAUGUGUGUGGUGACAUUUAUAGAUCCCUGACAUACUCAACUAUGACAUUUAUUGUAAUAUUCCUGAUUCCACCUUUUGGCGAGGUUUUUGCCAUCUUACAAGUACAUUGUGCUGCCAGAAGCCUUUGGCUGUAACAAUGUUUGAUCAAUUAUUCACAGACAUGGUUUUCCAUCCUUCACUUAUCAAACUGUUUACGUCAACCACUGUACUGUAAUAUAAGGAAUUAAAUACUACUUUUCUACUUAGAUCUUUCAGUACACCACCUAAAAUAGAUUAUAUUAACAUACAUUUGAUGAGUUAGGAAGUAACAUUUGUUCAAUUAUGUUGAAUUCAGAAAUUUGUUUUAGAAUACACAGCAUGGACUUAGGACGUAGCAAGGAUUGAUCACAGGUAACAGGAGUAACAGGAGUAAAUUAUUCUUUGGAGAGGUGAACUGCACUUGACCCUGGUUCAUGACUCUGGUUUUAAUAUGUAUGCAUCUUUACUUGUUAAUACUUUAAUCAAUGUUUGUUGUGUUUGGCUUGGGUGGACAGAAAAACAAUGGAUGUUUCCAAUUUCUGCUUCAUUCAUGCCACAUUUAAACCUAGCUUAGGAAAACCAUUAAGUUAUAUGUAAAGAUUUAUCUCUGUAAAUAAUAGUUUUGAUUUUUAAAUGAAAGCAUGGAACACCUUUUUAGAAAUAAACAUGUACAAACUUCUAUUUCCCA